CUCUCAUUCCCCUCUUGCCAGGGCUCUGUCCCCAAGGCAGGAUAUUAGGCCUUAGAGUGGUCAUGGCUGAGGACACUCUGUCUCUCUGGCUAUCCUGGCACUGAUUUCCACCCCGAAUGGGUGUUACCUUCCUCUUGGCCAAUUUCUCUUCCACCGAUAUAAGCUCCAACUGGAGGCUGGUGGGCAGUCAUGCAUUUUAUGGCAGGCCCUGCAGGUAGCCGGAGUAUGGGGGCCCUGGGCCUCCACAGCAACCCCCAAGCCCUAUACAUGGUCCUUUUAAUAGCGCUGGUCAUGAUGAGCUUGGUGUUUGGUAAUUUUGAUCCUGAACCCCCUCAUCCAGUUCAGCUCCCCAAAUACCUGCGCUGCUAUCGAUGCCUCUUGGAGACCAAGGAGUUGGGAUGCCUUCUGGGAUCAGACAUCUGCCUCGCCCCGCCUGGCAGCAGCUGCAUGACUCUCCUCAUAAAGAACAACAGUGGUUCUGACAUCAUGGUGAGUGACUGCCGCCGCAAGGAACAGAUGAGUGAUUGUUCAUAUACCCGCUCUUCUCCAGUGUUUGGCUUCUGGAUAUUUUCUCGAUGCUGCUUCCGGGAGUUCUGCAAUAACCCCCAGAACAGAGUCUUCUAUAUUCCUUAG